GCGAAAAUCAUAAUGGAGGGAGAAAACUCUGAGGUUUUAACGCCAAACAUGAUCCCGGUCUCGCCUACAGAAAGCGAAGAGGGUACGUAGCCAAAACCCUAAUAAUUUUAUUGAUGUUAUAUUGAGAGUGAUUUCCUAUCCUAUUGUAGAGCCUGGUGAUGUCCAAAUACGGAACGUUGAAGCCGAUGCAGAGGUAAGCUUACGAUUGUUUGAAAAAACUUUGUUGGUACAGUUGAGAAAUGUUGGAAAUUGCAAAAGCUGAAUAAAUUCCCCGAAAGAGGAGGAUUUCCUAAUAUUCUGCAGCUACUGAAUACCCGACCGAAAAACUGAUCAUUUACUUGAAUUGUGCUUGACUACAAGGGACCUUGUACAUACUCGGCCACAAGCUGAGUGUCAAUGCCAGGCCCCCUGUCACACGUUUGCGCACGUUUUCUGUUAGUUCUAGAAGGCAAAUCCAUUGCUUUGGAGGCAUACCCAUAACUCAUUGCUAUUCCAAAACUGAAAAUGCUUGGGCCUUUAUAUAACCAGACAGUUAAUCUGAAGACAGACUCCAGGUCACUUCAACACUCUGUAUUACAGUAUACUAAAAUUGUAAUAUAAUCCUUCUACUUUAAAGCACAACAAGGCUAAAAAAAGAUAUGAACUGCCACUGAAAUUAUGCAAACAGGAUAUUUCUACAAAAACACAUAUUCAGAUCAAUCGAUCGAUCUUUGCUCCCAUUGGAUGCAUGCCAUGAAUUAUUUUGCAUCUUUGGGAAUUUUUAUACAUCAAGGAUGUAGGAUACAGAGGUAACAAAAUAACUGGGGGAGGCUCCGCCCUAAAGGGGCACUUUUCCCAGGCUUCAGGUAUAUAAAAGGGUGGGGAUUUCACCAGUUGACAUGUAUGAAAGGGUAGGAAAAUAUGUCAUUUUAGUUGGUAUAAAAACCCAAAAGGGCUGACAGAUGCAUUUUAUGCCUGUGAAGAAGUGGAAAAAAUGUUCUGGUUUUGUGGUUUAUUCAUAUCUUAAAAACAGUGCAUUUAAAGCUGUUUAAAUGUAUACAAAGUUCAAAACUAGGUAUGUGAAAGAGGUACCAUUUGGCAAAAGAAGUUAUUCGCAAGGGGCACCGGUACCUUUUCCAGCUAAAAUGGUGUAUAAGAGGGUAAGGGAUUAGACCUCUGGGUGGAGCCUCCCCAUAUAAAACUUUGUUCGUGGGGAGUGAACACAGCACCAUUUUCAUUUCUGUGCAAGUAGCCAAACACUAGGGCUCUGGCUCUAAUUGUGAAGAAUCCUUAAGUGCUAUUAAAAAAGUAUACUUGUUCCUGAGCAACUGCAAUUUCUCUUAAUGUUUUUUAUUUAGGAAGUUGACCUUACCCAUGCAAAGAUCCAGAAGCUAGACAACUUAGAACGAUUGACUUGCGUCAAGGUAUGUUAUUAUUUAUUGUUUUUUAAAGUUUAAUAAAGAAAUUUGUAUUUAACAAACAUUGCAUUUAAUAUUGGAUUGAUUGCAUGGCUUUAUUUUCCUGUUGCCUUUUUGGUUUUUAUAUAGCCAUUUCUGUUUUAAUCUUUAGUCCCUUUGCCUUCGGAGAAAUAACAUCUCCAAACUGGAAGGACUGAGCACAUUAACAACAUUGGAAGAGCUAGACCUGUAUGAUAAUCAGAUCAACGUGAUAGAGGGCCUAGAGAAUUUGACCAAUCUCACGUAAGAAAAUUUUUGAAGAAAAAAGCAAUAUAAUUUAAACAAUGUUAUUAGGCUUAAAGUAAUCCAAUCAAAUCUCUCUACAAUGGCCAUCAGUGCGUGUGGACAGUCUCAGGGAUGUAGCUAAGGAAAAGCUACAUAUAUAAGCUAACUUUUUUAUUAGUCAAGCUGGCUGUUUUACUCAACUCCACUUUGAAAAUUCCCUGAUAUCAUUCUUUUCCAGAGCAAUCCGGGCAGUGGUAAGCUCUUUUUCAGCGGGUAAAAUUAGCCAGCUGCCGGCUCUUAGCAUCAUCCCUGCAGACUGAAGCAAGAAUUGUUUGUUAGUAGCUGAGGAUCAACUGAACUCCCAUGGAACAGCUCCUAUUUCCUGGGUUCUUUUCAGUCAAAUGCCAAUUGCUCAUAAAUCAUUUUAAUGUGGUGGACUAGAAUUGAAGGAAAUGAGAGUGCAAAGUAAAUGACUCUUCAGUUGUCAGAUGAAUAAAAUAUUGGUCUUACCAAAUCAUGCAGAACAGUUUCACCUCAUGAAACUUUAUUUCAUUCUUGAUGUUUCCCUUGAGCUUUAUCAGUUACCUGUUUUAGACAAGGUAGCAAAGAAGGCUUUUAGACCAUUUCCAGUCAUUAUAUUUAACCCUGUAAGUCCCAUUAUAUCCACAUACAAAUUCUCCAAACUGAUCUUUAUAUAUUUCCUUAAAGAAUGAGUUGAGAGAAUUUGAUAAAAGAUCAAAGCAAAGCAGUAGGUGUUCAUUUUAUUAAUUCUCAUAACCAAAUCUCUUGAAAAUGUAUGGAUAUCAUUUAAGAGAAAAUUGAUCUUGGUCACUAUAGGGACUUCAAGGGUUAAUAUCAAAAUCUUACAAAGGAUAUGAAUUUAUAUUGUUUUAGGAGUUUGGACUUGUCAUUCAAUCUAAUCAAAGUAAUAGAAAACUUGGGAUGCUUGACAAAACUCAAAAAGCUUUACCUUGUUCAAAACAAGGUCUCCAAGAUAGAGGGGGUUCAGAAUCUUUCACAGCUUGAGAUGUUGGAACUUGGUGCAAACAAAAUUAGGGUGAGUACAAAGUUAGUUGUGAUUCAGUAAACGGCUUGGAGGUAGCUGUAAAAACCUUUCAAGAAGAGUACAAAACAUCGGCUGGAGAUACCAUGCCAAACUUGAGAGGAUGGGUGACUAACAACUCUCUCUUUGAGACUCAAGCAAAAACAUCUCCAGUUUGCUGGUCAUUUCUAUCACGCAGAUAAAGAAAUAUUUUCAUCUCUCAUUCUCUGGUGCCCAGUGGGUAGAGUGCAGUCACGUAAGCUAACAUGUAUGCCCUGGCCAAAGUGAUUGCCUGGGAUUCGGGACUUGAUACCAGGAACCUGAGCACUGCAAUAGCAAAUUGUGGUGUUUGGGAAGAAAUCUCCAUCAAUGUCCUGUCCACUUCAGCGGUUGAAGGAUGAUGAUGAUGAUGACUAUACUUUGUAACUCAUCUAUUAAUAUGCUCAUUUUGUGUCAGUUUUCCCAUGCAAUUAACGACCAAACUCCCCAGACACGGUUCUAUCUAGGAUUUAUAGUUUGGGGGAGAAGCCGCAAGUGGCUGAAGGUGACAAGCUUCCUAGGGGGUCCGGGGGCUUGCCCCCCCCCCCCUAAAACUUUUUUGAAAUGAAUAUGCUCUGAGAUGCAAUCUGCUGCAUUUUGAGACACAAUUGUGAGAAAUGUUACUGUGUGUCCAUUGACCUCAUCACGAACCUAAACAGCAGCUUGUGACAAAGUCUAUUGAAACUUGAAUGUAAUCAAAAUUUUUAUGUAUCAUGUUUGUCUUUUUAAGGUUCUGGAAGGAUUUGAAGGUCUAACACAACUACACAGUUUAUUUGUGGGGAAAAACAAAAUCACAAAACUUGAUGUAAGUGUUUACUAGUUGAAAGUAAGUAUGAAUCAAAGCUCUUUCUUGAAUGUUUUAAAAACACUUUAUUUGGGUUUUAAUUUAGUAAGUAUUUCUCUUGACUUUUUUUGUUGCUAGAAUCUCAGUUGUCUUACCAAUCUGAAGUUACUCAGUAUUCAGGUGAGUCGCUUCAGUUUUUGUCAUUGUCUAACAAACAAUAUAUAUUUACAUGUACCUAAUGUGAAUCUCAAUUUGUUUAUACAGUCAAACCUCUCCACAAUGGUCACCUUGGGGACAGAAUAAAGUUGCCGUUGUGGAGAGGUGACCAUUAUGGGGAGGUAGGGGUGUAAUAUGGCAAUUUUUUGGAGGAGUACAACAUGUUUAUUUUGCCAAGUUCAUGCCUACUGUAUCCCAUAAUGAUAAUCCAAUCAAAAUAAUGAUAUACAAAACUAAAAUGCACAAAAAACUUACUAAUUUUUUUAAUCAAAAAGUUAACCCGAACAAACGCGAGCAAGGCUUUCAACAUUCGCUAUAAGUAUUGUAGACAAUCUAGUAUGCUUACUGCAGGAGUAUUAAAUGGAACAAAAUUAAAACGAUUGACGUGAUUAUCAACACACCAUACGGAUCAAAUUUCAUAUCCAUUCCUGACUUCAUUUGUUAGUCGCUGAAAAACUGGCUGUUUUCGAGAGGUGAUUUUGGCAGUUGGGGAUGCGCUCUAGUGGCGCUUGCCAUUGUAGAGAGGGUUAAACUAGAGUCAAUGUAUGGACUGUGAGAGGUGGCUAUUGUGGAGAGGUGACCGCCGUUUGUGGAGGUUGACUAUAUUCAAAUUCCUCCUUUGAGAAAAUGGUUGCACUCACUGUAAGGAAGCCCUCAAAGUCUAUAUUACGUGUCAAGCGUUUUUUUUUUCUUUUUCAAAUCAAACGGAUUGUUUUGCAGAAAUGUGGAAAGCAGUGACUCACAUUAGUAGCUAAUAAAGUUAGUGACUAGUUUUAUUUUCAUUCCAGAGCAAUCGCAUUGUCAAGCUGGAAGGUUUAGAUGGUUUAGUUAAUCUAGAAGAACUCUACAUUAGCGACAAUGGCAUUGAAGAAAUCGAAGGUCUUGACAACUUGGUAAGUAAAGGCUUUUUUAAGGAGAGCGAAAACGGUCAUCAGAAAACAAAGCGGUCAAGAUUUUGAAAUUAUUGCAGGAAAAGGUUUCCUGAAGAUUUCUUUAUCAAGAGAAAAUAAUCCCCCAGAAUUGGCUAUUAGAGUGCGCCUACCCAAACGCUCGAACUUUCGACCCUACACAUCAGCGUAGAUAACAGUUUCGGAUGAGACGAAAAAGCCACCUAAAAUUUUUUGGCGACCAAAGUUCCCCUAAGCAUCUGAAACGACAAAAAGUUUUUAGGACAGCUCCAAAUUAACCAAACAGGCUUCUAAAGCACAGAGAAAACCAUGUAACACACCUCUGAUGUAGUCUCUGACGUAUGGGUGCCGCUGUUUCAUCCCCUGCCGUCUGGUCCACUCUUACGUUGAUCUUCAUCAUAACGUUAGCUUUGUACAAAAGUUGAUAAACUUUGUACAUGUACCGGGUAAUUGGCACCAGUAUUUUGUCUGGAAUAUUCAAACGCCCGGUAGAAUUCCUGGAGAAGCCUGAAGUGGGGAGUUGCGGUACUUGCCAGAGUUAUUUUUGACACGGUUACCCCUCCCACCCCUCUCUAGAGAGCUCCUUCAGUGCCAAACUGGAGAGGUGAAAGAGUUCAGGGUUCAUUGUUACAGAAAAGUCCUUUGAAGGAUUAGUUUCUUGUCUUUUGUGGCACAUUUGAUCUUGACGCUACAGAGCAUUGCUGCAUUAUUUUCUACUCUGUGUACACAGGUCAACCUCAAAACACUGGAUUUAGCAUCUAAUAGGAUAAAAAGAAUCAGGAAUGUCUCUCAGCUUGUUAACUUAGAAGAAUUUUGGGUGAGUACGAUUUGUUGUAUGAAAUAAUAACAUACAGAAGAGCUUAACUAUUUUACAGUGUUGUAUUUAUUCAUAAUGCGAGGAAAGUGUUGUGUAGAACUGAAGCUUGUGUUUUUAUUGCGAUGGACUAGCAUCCCGUCCAGGGGGGAGUAGAAGUACUCCUAGGCAUGCUUCAUGCUACAGAAACCGGUAAAAGCUCCGGUCGUGUGGGCCUUUGGCUGUGUGCGCCUUUACCUACUUGCGUUUAUUUAUCUCUUCAGUUCAACGAUAAUCAACUCGAUUCCUGGGAAGAUUUGGACCAGUUUAAGACCAGCACCAAGCUACAAACAGUCUAUCUGGAGAGGAAUCCAAUAUGGAAAGACACGGCUUACAGACGGAAAGUUAAACUUUAUCUGCCAAAUGUUACACAGAUAGAUGCCACAUUAUGCGGCUAAAAAAUCUCUAGCCCCAUUAAUUAUGACGGGCCAUCCUGGAUCUCACGUAAGUCGCGACGAGGGUUACCGGGCGUUUUGAUACAAAGUCGUUUCGAUACAAGUUUAUUCAGUCGAGGUGUAAAUAGUUUCACGAACUGGGCUUAACGAAAGAAGAAUAUUCCAUCCCAAAUGUUUCUUUUUUUGUUCACGCGCAAACUAUACUUGAAGUGGUCAAAAUUUGUUUGCGAUUUCACUGCUUGAGUUCGUAUCGAAAAGACGUGCGGAAAGACAGCAAAUGCGAAAUGAAGAACCCUUCCGUUUUGGAAACCUCUCCCUCGUCGAGACUUACUGAAAACGUGGAAAUAAGUACUUAUGGUGAUACAUAUUUGAGCAUUCUCAGUCAGAGAGGAAAAUGUAUUAUAAACGGAUUUUUUUAUUUCUGUACUGAAUGUCGUUAAACUUUGUUAGUAACAGAGCGUCGACCAACACUGGGUUCUUUUGUAACCUGUCUUUAAAAUUGCAUAUAGAGACUAGCGUAAAACUUUUAUGUUGGAAGUUGCUUGUGGUUUUGUUUUUUUAUGGUCCUUAGAGCGUGGAAAAAAGUCGAUACUUCAAAUCGAUGUAAGCAUGCAGCAAGGUUUUACCGUGAACUUACAGUAGCGUCUUUGUGAAUUUGUUGAUUGAAGUGGCUGUUGUUGGCAAUAGUAAUUACUGAUAAGUUUUUCCAGGACUUGCACGCUCGAUUCUUAGAACUCUGUUGUUCCUCAGUGUUGGGUCAGUCCUUUACUUCCAUAAAAAGGAACCUAAGAACCGGACACGAAGCUAUAGCUUGUGGAGGAGAUCUAU